AGACAGGCGCACCAAAGAAAGCCAGUUUUCUCUCAGAACUUGGGGACCUGAGUCGAGACAGCCAGUCAUCCGCCGAGGCUGAGGGUGGAUAUUCUACUGAGGUAUCGGGAGCGACGACAUCGAGCGCUGCAGAUCCAAAAAGUUGCUCAAACGACGACAUAGACGACUCGGAGGCAGUGAAUAGUGGCAGUGCAGUCUAAUUUCAAUUACUUUAUUAGUUUUGCAUUCUUACUCGAGAACCAAGUUGACGGCAGUAGAGUCAAUUGAAAUCCCAAUCUCAAAACGGUCAGGUUACCCGGCGAUGAAACAUGUCAAGAUGCAUCAAGGCUAUACAGAUCUCCUAACUACCAACCUUUUUAUUUUUCAUUAUCAUUUCCUCCUCCGACACCUGGUAGCCUGUAAAGGUCCUCCUGCCCUUCAAAACCAUGUCCCUCCUAGAACACGUGCAAAGUCUCGUUACCAGCGCUGAAGCUUCGCGACAGGACUCUCAAUAUGGAUACACCCCAUCGAAAGGCGUUACCCUCACAUUCAUUAUUCUAUUCGGAAUAUCUACCCUAACCCACGCGACUCAGAGCAUUUACUUCCGCAUGUGGUGGGUCUUCCCGACUAUUAUCCUCUCUGGAUGCCUCGAGAUUUUGGGAUGGAGCGGGAGGUUUUGGUCGAGUAUAUCUCCAGACCUAAGUAAUCCUUUCAUGAUACAAAUAACGGCUACGAUCAUUGGACCCACGCCACUUGUCGCAGCUAGUUUUCUCAUCCUUGGAGCUAUAAUCCAUAUCCUGGGACCUGCUUACAGCAGACUGAGUCCUAUAGCAUAUUCCAUCAUAUUCGUCAGCUGCGACAUUCUUUCAUUGGUGAUACAAGGUGCCGGUGGCAGUAUUGCCUCGUCCGCGUCGAAUAACAAUGACCUCAACGGUGCUAAGCUAGGUAGCAAUGUCAUGCUCGCCGGUAUUGUCCUCCAGCUCGCUGCCAUCUCAUUCUACACCAUCCUCGCUUGCGAAUUCCUCAUCCGCUACACGCACAGCCGCCCUGUUCCAAGACUAUUCUCCCGCAAGGAACGGAACGGUUCCUUGGUGACCCUCUCGUCGCCCACCAUCGAACGUGGUGUCAUGACUACGAAAAUAAAGCUCAUGAUCGUUGCGCUCGCAUUCAACACAUUGUGUCUCUUCAUUCGUUCGAUUUAUCAUACGAUCGAACUCGCUGAUGGGUGGAACGGCAGGAUCAUCCUUACGGAAGUUUACUUCAAUGUUCUCGACGGGGCUAUGGUGGUCUUGGCUAUAUACACGUUGAACUUGGCGCAUCGUGGCCUCCUGAUUGGUCGCUCCAUGGGAAGAAACCAGGAUGCUGUAGACGCAGAGAAGAACGGUAGCGUAUUUGGGCUUCACACACCGUGAAUAUAGACUGGGAGCUAGGUAUUUAUUUCAUGGACAUCUAAUUAUACUCUGUGGCUUUAGUUCGUGGACACAGAGCCGUUAUAUCAUCCCAGGAGGUCGUGGUAUCUGAUCUUCUACUGCCGUGCGUCGACAUAGUGCCCCAUGGCUGAGUUGGUCACAGCAUCGGACUUUUAUCCCCUCAGUCUCAGUCCGCAAUCGGAAGAUCGAGAGUUUGAGCCUCUCUGGAGCCAAUCACUCAAAUAGCCACUGGAUUUUUUUCAUCAAAAACACGAACAUUAGUGAAUUAUUCA